CGUUCCUAGAGGCGUCGAGCCCUAACCAUGGCCCACAAGGCCGCGCAAUGGCCGUCGGAGGAAACCCUGUUGCUCUGGAAACGGGAACAAGCCCGGCUGAAGGCGCUCAUGGUGGACCGGGACACGGAGGCCUGGCAGCGGGACCCCACCUUCUCCGGCCUGCAGAGGGUCGGGGGCGUGGACGUGUCCUUCGUAAAGGGGGAUAGUGAUCGGGCCUGCGCUUCCCUGGUAGUGCUGAGCUACCCAGAGCUCAAGGUAGUGUAUGAGGACAGCCACAUGGUUCGCCUGAAGGCCCCCUACGUGUCAGGCUUCCUGGCCUUCCGAGAGGUACCCUUCCUGGUGGAGUUGGUACAGCGGCUGCAGGAGAAGGAACCAGGCUUCAUGCCCCAGGUCCUUCUUGUGGAUGGAAACGGGGUGCUUCAUCAACGAGGCUUUGGGGUGGCCUGCCACCUUGGUGUCCUUACAGAUCUGCCCUGCAUUGGGGUAGCCAAGAAGCUCCUGCAGGUGGACGGGCUGGAGAACAAUUCCCUGCACAAGGAGAAGAUUGUGCUCCUUCAGGCUGGGGGAGACACGUUUCCUCUGAUGGGCAACUCUGGGACGGUCCUGGGAAUGGCCCUGAAGAGCCAUGACCACAGCACCAACCCCCUCUAUGUCUCUGUGGGCCACAGAAUAAGCCUGGAGGUCGCUGUGCGCCUGACCCACCACUGCUGUAGGUUCCGGAUCCCAGAGCCUAUACGCCAGGCUGACAUCCGCUCCCGAGACUACAUCCGAAGGACUCUAGGACACCCUGGGUCUCCUGCACAAAGGCAGGAGAGGAGCCAGAAGGAGCAGAGGCCAAAAAUAUGCCCCAAAGAUGGCCCAGGAGCACCUGCAGAUCAAGGCAGCCCCCCCCCCGAGGACUAUGGCAGAGACUCCAGCACAGACCUGAAAGACCCCCAGCCAGGCUUCCAGGAGCAGCAGAAGGACCAGCAGUUGGAGAGAACUGAGCAUCAUGAAGACUCAGACCUCUGACCUCCUCCUCCAACCUAGGUACAGUCACCACCCUGAGAAGAUGAUCUCUAGGAACUAUGGGAACCUCACCCACAGCCACAGGUAGAGCACCAGGCCCCAGAGGCAACAGUGACCAAAACCCCACAACAGCCAUAGUCUAGCUUGCGCUGAUGGCUACCCAGCCUCCUCAGUCACUGGCUGGUCAGUGUGGUCACCAUGCUCCAGCAGUACCACAUUUCAGACCAGGAAACACACACAAGCACCCAGAGUACACAAGGGCUUCAGGCGCCCAGAGGCCCUGAGGUUGGCAGCCUGCGCCAGCACCUGCAGCUCUGCCCUUCCCCCUUGGAAUACAGAUCUGGUUCUGGCUUCGCUCCUCUA